AUGGACAGGAGUGAGCUUGAGUCUUUAAUAGCUUCUGCUAUUACUUCAGCAAAUAAAGCAAUUCAAAAUUCACUAAACAAAUUGAGUGCAGAGGUUACAAGCCUGAAAAAGGAAGUGAAAGCCAAAGAUACCAAAUUGAACGAGAUUGAGAAUAAACUCGACGAGCUAGAACAAUAUGGGCGCAGGAACAAUCUCAGAAUCUUUGGUGUGGAAGAAAGGGAAGAUGAAGAGACUGAUUACAUCGUCAUAGACAUGGCCAAGAAAAUGAAUGUUGAAGUGAGCGUGAGCAGCAUUGACAGAUCUCACCGUGUUGGGCGGAAAGGCACCCGCCCCCGCCCGAUCAUCGUCAAGUUCAUUCGCCACGAAGCCCGUGACUUGAUUUUUCGAUCUAAGAAAAUGGUGAAGGGCUCCGAAGUCACGUCGCCAUAA